CUCGUCCCCCUUCAUUCCCUCGCUUCUCUCUGCUAGUAAACAGACCGCAGGAUCACAGGCUGCAUCUAAACCUGCAAUGAACCCAAGGGAGUCUAAUUCGACUGUAAACACCUUACCUACAGGAUCUCCCAUCAACAUAGCCUCUUUGUCCUCAGCGACGCUUUCUCCAUGUCUUGGUUCCCCUUCCCAUCUCUCACCCUCUUCUCCCUCUCGUCUCUCACCUUCAUCCACUUCUCCGUCCCGCCUCAGUCCAUCAUCUCAUUUUAUUUCUUCUUACUCUCCUGUUCGUUUGUCUCCGUGUCCUACAUGUGACUCACCCACUAGAGUCUCCCCCAGUCCCGCACCUCUUUCGCCCUCGAUCGUCUUAAAAAAGCCCAUCCACAUCCCUCCCUUCAGCCUGGAUAAUCAGAACCAGUUUCACUGUUCUUCAAGCAGCAUUAUCAGUACAGUGGAUACAUCCCUGGAUUCACCACCACUAAAGUCAGUCAAAGCCAUUCCUCAGUUAGAAACCAUAAAGAAACCAUUACAAUCUAAUGACAUGUGUGUUAAAACAUGGCCAAGAGGCAGCAAAAUAUCCAGAUUUAUGCCUGUUUCAUCCACUGAAAGAAGCGUCAAAUCAAUCCCCAUAACCAACACAAGACCAAAAAAACAAUGUGGCCAACAGCGAGAUUCAUUCAGAGCUCAACAGCCUGAAAAACUACAGCUAAAUUCUAAUAUCUGCUCCAGGGGAGGGACAACAUUUGAAAGCUUAAGCCCUAAAAACCUUAGGCAUGUUGAAAAAAGUGCAAACAUAGGACAAAAUGCAGCUAGCUACCAAAAGAAACGCCAAUCCCAGGACCCUACUCUAGUCCGAAUCCGGCUUGGAUUGAUUAAAACAGGGAGGAUUAUAAAUGCUGGUGCCCAGUUUUCUAAUCUGGAGAAGAUCAAGGGAAGCAGUGAAGAGAAAAAACUGAAAAAUCAAAGCAAUGGACAUCCUUCUUGUUCGGAAAAGCCAGUUCAUCCAAAGAUAAUGUUAGAGGAAGCCAAGCAGAAAAUAAGAUCUACUAUGAUAUGUCAGAAACCGCAAAACCACCCACAAGCUUCAGCUGAAAGAAGGAGCCAACAUUUAAAACAAACAACAAAUCUAAUCUCAUCACCUAAAGCUACCAUAAACCAAAGGGAUGUUUUUCAACAACCGUACUAUCAACGUUUUCCGAAGGAAUGCAAUGAACUGGUUUCAAAAAGAUCAUCAACAAGCCAAAAUAAAGCUUUAGAGGACUGUAACACCACAAACAAUAGCUCUAAUGAAAGCAAUGCGAUGAACAACACAUCUCAAUGCAGUCAAAGCAGUGUCACUGUCAACCAAGCGCCUGAAACUGAGAUCAGGUCUCAGUCUGCAACUUCCGAAACAGAGACUUCCAUCAUCACAUCCCAUUACCAUAAUGCAUCGAAUCAGUGCAGCCGGAUGAACUGCUUCCAUUUCCCUUUGAAGAGUCCCAGAUCAUCCAAUGAAUGCGGUCAACUGAGCCGACUCUGUAGACCUGUGAUCAAAAGAACAUCUGACAAUAGACCUACAUACUUGAAAACUCCUCAGGCAUGGAGAAGAUCUUCCUCAAACCAAACAGGGAACGCAAGCAAACCAUCCAAAAUUAGAUGCAACACUUCAGAUACAGAUUCUUCUAAAUCUUCUUCAAGUGAAGCAACUUUGCGUGAAGAUUACAGAUUUGCAAAGAGAUAUAGAGGUACACGGUUACACAAAAGUUGUAAUCCAGCUAAAUUUAUUGGAGGGAAACAUGAUGUAGCUCUUCACACAGACAGCCCAACCAUACACACAAACUCUGAAACCCUCAAACCUUCCAUGCCUGAAUUUUUGCCGCAGUGUCUAAUCACUCUGGAUCAACAGCAAGAGUCCAAGCACACACUUUAUAAAGACUGUGACAGAUUGGGAGCCAUAAACUGCCCACAGUUAAGAGAGCAAGAAGGCCCCCCACCAUUACAGCCAUCUGUAGUCCCAGACAUGAAGAGUGGAGCUGACGUGGAGUCCUGUCCUGAAGAAUCUGUGUCUACAGACAUGUCAGAAAUUGUGCCCCCUGAAGUGAGACCUAAACCUGCCGUUCCAGCUAAGCCCUCUCAUGUGGCACCGCCUUCCAGCACACCCUUUGUGCCUUCACCCCAGGGAACAGGGGGCGAAGGUCAAGGGUCAGGUCGAGGAUCUGCAUUGCUUGGAUACAUCGGCAUAGACACCAUCAUCGAGCAGAUGCGGAAGAAGACCAUGAAGGCAGGAUUUGACUUCAACAUCAUGGUUGUCGGUCAGAGUGGUCUUGGGAAGUCCACGUUAGUGAAUACGCUUUUUAAGUCCCAGGUGAGCAGGAGAAGCACAAGCUGGAGUCGUGAUGAGAAGAUUCCAAAGACUGUUGAGAUUAAAUCUGUGUCUCAUGUGAUCGAGGAAGGAGGAGUGAAGAUGAAGUUAACAGUCGUUGAUACGCCAGGUUUCGGGGAUCAAAUCAACAAUGAUAAUUGCUGGGAGCCAAUAUCCAAACAUAUCAAUGAACAAUAUGAGAAAUUUUUAAAGGAAGAGGUCAACAUUGCUCGCAAGAAACGCAUCCCAGAUACCAGAGUGCACUGCUGCUUGUAUUUCAUAUCCCCUACUGGACAUUCGCUUCGCCAGUUGGACAUCGAGUUCAUGAAACAUCUGAGUCGAGUGGUCAACAUCAUUCCUGUCAUAGCCAAAUCAGACACACUCACUCCUGAAGAAAAAACGGAAUUUAAACAGAGAGUGAGGAAGGAGUUGGAAGUGUGUGGGAUCGAAUGUUAUCCACAGAAAGAGUUUGAUGAAGACAUGGAGGAUAAAAGUGAUAACGAUAAGAUCAGGGAGACAAUGCCAUUUGCUGUGGUAGGAAGUGAUAAAGAGUAUCAGGUCAAUGGCAAACGAGUUUUAGGAAGAAAGACAGCCUGGGGAGUUGUGGAGGUUGAAAACCCAAAUCACUGCGAAUUUUCCUUACUUCGGGAUUUUAUGAUUAGGUCUCACCUCCAGGACCUGAAAGAGGUCACUCAUAACAUCCACUAUGAGACGUACCGUGCCAAGAGGCUCAAUGAUAAUGGAGGUCUGCAUCCCAUCUCAUCAUCUGGCCACGAAACACAAGAAAGCAACCUGUGAAGAAAAGAAAAAACUAAACAAAAUUCAGCAGGAUAGAAAGAUUCAUCUUGUAAUAAUUCAGCUGUGCAUGCUCAGAAGACUUCAUCGCUGUGGAGGUUUUGUCUUUCAACUCCUUUUAACCCUUUGUGGAACUUGUCAUCAUUUCUUGUCGCACAAUAUUUGAAAAUUAGAAAAAGCCUUCCCCUUGCUCACUGUGCUCAAUUUAGUGAGCGUGGUUGCUUGUGAUAAUCGUGUGCAGGUCUUGUAUGAAGGUGAAUAGUCUCGUGCACAUGCAUUCGUAAAUGGAAACCGACCAUUUUAGGUAUUUCACUUCCUCUACUAGAAAACCUCUGUUAGACACAUUUAAGCAGUUUAGUAUAGUUUGAAAGGGGAUUGCACUGCCACUGCAGUCUGCAGCUUUCUUAACGGGCCUUAUUUAUUAAAACAUUGAGCACACUUUUAGUACUUAAUGCCAAUUCAAUAUACUCAAGUUAUGAGUAAGCCUAAAUCCUAACACUCAACGUAUUUUAAUAAGUGUUGAAUCUGUUUGGCCACAUAAUGGUACAGCAGUGUUUCUUUAUUUGUUACUUUUGCUGUGUAAUUCUGCCAAAGCCAGUCUCAGAGGACGCUGAAGUGACGUAUAUAUUCUUACAGAUCAUUUCAAACAUAUUAAACACAUGCCAGAAUUUACACUGGCUAGUGUGUUUACAUUGCUUUCCAGUGGCCAAUUAAAGAAACUGAAAGAACACUGAUUAAAAAUAAUCAGUGCCUUUUACAAAAUAAGAGUUGUAGUUUUGAAGUUUUUCUUCAGUACAUUUUGUAUGAAAACCCCCAUGAGUGUUUGUUAGUGUGAAUGAGUGUUAAGCUUUCUCAACAUUGCGAUCAAUUGUAAAGGUGAUUUCUGUCUUCUCUGUGGUGUACUUUUUAAUUUCCAGCGUGUGCCAAUAUUUCCAGUUCUGUUAACGUGUAAUUUUACAUUCCAUCUCACUAUAUCACUCUCAUAAUCUCUGCACAGAAUGUUACAUUAUGCCAUUCAACUUUUCAUAUCACAUUUAAUUAACUGUGGUGUUGAACAAUAAAACACCUCUGAACAAUAAUUAUGAAACAUUAUUUAUAUUGUAUUUAAGUUUUAUUUAUUGCCAUACUUAUGUUUUAAU